UAUGGGAGAUUUGGAAGCACCGAAACGCGAUUGUCUUCGAUGGCGCCACCCUUUCUUCGAGGGCGCUCGCAAACAAAAUUGACACCGAGGGACACACAUGGAAGCAAGCUAGCAUCUUAAAAGGAAAUGUAGAGCCUCUCCUUGAAGGGCUAGUCAGGUGGGCUGAGGGGAGAUGUUAGGCUAGAGUAGUUUUUGGCUAUGUGGAGUCGAUCCACAUGUAUCAUUGUAACAUGUAACCGCCAACGUGGAGGGGUUUUUGUCCCCAUUCUCUUCCUUUAAUAUAUAGUACGCACACUCGUGCGUAUUCGAGAAAAAACAUGCAACUAUGUCAACUAAGUAGUUGAUUUCCACUAUCUCUAAUUAUGAUAACAUGCAACUAUGUCAAUUCAUCAAGCCACUAUGUACGGGGAAAAACCCCACCUUAACAUGCAUCAUGCAUGCUACUUAUCUUGUUAAAAAAUUUACAACUAUGCAAAAAAAGGUAUUUUAGUUGCAACUAGGUAUGUGCCCUUGCGUUGCCAAGAUACCAAAUAUUUUUUUAUCAAAAUACAUGGACCAUACAUGACAAAUCUUGAUGCAAAGCAAAUAGACAAAAUAAGAUUAUGUUUUGCUUAUAAAGUAUAGUUUUUCUAGCUAUUUCUUAUAUAAACUUAUAAAGUAGGUAUGUGUCGAUGGUUACUCUGUUUGGGUUACCGAAUAUAAGAGAUUGAUAGUAGAGUAUUUACUUUUGCUUCUGGGCCGUGUGAAUUUUUUGUUGCUUAUUGGGUGACCUCGAGCGAGUCCGAUUCCACAAUGAUUUUCGUGUAGCCCAGAUUUUCAACAAGCUCGAGCCCUCUUUGCAUGUUGGGCCGAUCGCUCUCAUUCCUUCUGGACAUAGUGACGGCGGCCCGCGCCAGACUCCUCAAUAACCCUCUCCUAACCCUUUCCCGUGGCAUCCCAGCGAGCUGCCGCCGCCGCCGAUCGCCAUGGCCUCCAGCGAGCUGCCGCCGUCAAAGAAGAAAUCCAGUCCCACCACCAUAAGCUCCCUCGGCGAGGACCUCCUGUGCGAGGUUUUCCUCCGCCUGCCCUCCCUCCCUACCCUCGUCCGCGCCGCCCUCACCUGCCCCGCCUUCCUCCGCGCCGUCCGCUCGUCCCCAAAAUUCCGCCGCCGCUUCCGCGAUCUUCACCCGGCCCCGUUUCUAGGUGUCUUCCUCGACAUCUACGACCCCGGCAUGCCCGCCUUUGCGCCCAUCCGCCGCCUGUCCGAUCCAGACCACGCUGCCGCCGUCCGCGGCGCCGAUGUCUUCCUCACCCGUGUUCCUGACCUGGAAGCCGAAGAGGAAGGCGGUGCCGAAGAUGAAGGGGAAGGGGAAGGGGAAGACGUAGAUGAAAACAUCGGGUGGUCGAUGACGGAGUGUCGCGACGGGUACGUGGUUCUCAUCAACCGGACUUUCGGCCGGAUCAUCAAGCGGGUGGCCGUCUACGACCCCCUCACGCGGGGCCUGCACCUCCUCCCCGCGCCGCCCGGAGAACCAGAGGAGUCUGAAGUUGAGUUCCACGUCGUCACCUCCGAUGAGGACCGCCGGUCGCUCCGCGUCGUCUGCGUCUGCAAGGAAGAAAGUGGGAAAGUGCGGGUCGGCGUCUUCUCCCCGGACAGCAGGGAGUGGCAUAUCUCCCCAACAGGGGCGCGCCUGCAGCUGCAGGACGAUGACAGUGGUACGCUAGUGAACGGGUAUGUCUACUGGGCAUCCGUGAGCGAAGCCGCUAUUCAUCUGCUGAACACGGCAACACUGCAGUUCUCCCGGAUGGAUCUGCCGCGGCGUAUGCAGCGAGUGGGUCUCAAGGUCGGGGAGACCAGCUAUGGGAAACUCUGCUUGGCCUGCGCAUCUGAACUCACUCUUGAUGUCUGGGUCCGGAGGGCAGAUGACAAUGGUGUCGAUAAAUGGACAUUUGAGUUGCUGGACGAUAUCGACAAGCUCCGUCUACAGUUUGUAGAUCAUUACCCACGAGCCACGACUGAAGGUUGUGGCCAUCAUCGGUGGCAUUGUGUAUUUGUCUACCUUCCAGGCAGAGCAUCCUAGUUCUUCUGGCUGCUUCCUAUCCUUCUGCAUUGAAACAGAGGAACUGAAGGAGGUCUGCCCUAUCAGCAACUCUGAUUCUUCCUAUCCCUACGUCAUGGCGUGGCCUCCUGUUUUGGUGGGCAAUAAGGUGAACUCUCUCGGCUAGAAGUGGCUAUAGUCUUUAUCUUUACCUAAUAAUAAAGAA